UAGAAUGACUGUCUGAAUGCUAUGAAGUGAAUAACGUGUACGGCGUUGGGAUGGACAGUUCUGUGCAUUGCAAGUGAGCCGCCAAACUCCGAAUUUGAGCAGACAAGAAUCGGGGCUUUUGUGUGUACGACAUCCUGCCGUGGCUGACAUUUGAUUCCCCAAAGCGGAAGGCGAUAUGUCUCGCAAAACAUAUAAAAACGCACUCGCUCAGUACCAUUUUUUCUAUGUCAACUAUUCUUUUAUCUCCACAUUAACGGUCAUGGCUGACAGUGUCCAAGGAAUCAUUAGUUCUUAACGUGUUACUAUUUUCGCCAACCCGAGCUCCACCUGCCGGAUGGAAGAGAACGCCGCGGUCGGCGAGGCCGCUAAUAAGUUGCAGGGUACUUUUGGUAUCAAUCCUUUUAUUUUUUACCUGGAACAAAAUCCCAAAAGCAUUGAAAUUAGGAACUACCUCGAGGCUUCUACCCACCAGCAUCAGUAUCCCAACAUUUUCAUUGGGACUAAGCAUAUUGGUGAUAUUGCAGCUCUGAGGAGAUACGCUACCAGUGAAUUGCAAGCGAUGAAUUAAUAAAGACGUACAACGUUUGCGCCAAGUGUA